AUGGAUGGGAAGAGGGCCAGGAAGGAGCGUAGUACAGCCAGUUCAGGCAAACGGGUGGUGGCAGGCGUCCUGUGCAGCCCCAGGGAGACCAGGCGGAGGGCCGUCCGCGCCGCGUCCCAGGCGUCAGCCGUCGGCCACGAGUAUCAGUCGAAGCUCUCCAAGCACUGCUCCCAGGUCGACUCCGUCCGGGGCUUUGGAGGCAAGUUUGGUGUCCAGGUGGACAGAGUUGACCAGUCUGCUGUGGGCUUUGAAUACCAGGGGAAAACCGAGAAACACGCCUCGCAGAAAGAUUACUCGAGUGGCUUUGGUGGCAAGUACGGUGUGCAGGCGGACCGCGUGGACAAGAGCGCCGUGGGCUUCGACUACCAGGGCAAGACGGAGAAGCACGAGUCGCAGAAAGAUUACUCCAAGGGCUUCGGGGGCAAGUUUGGCAUCGACAAGGACAAGGUGGAUAGAAGCGCCGUGGGCUUCGAGUACCAAGGCAAGACGGAGAAGCACGAAUCCCAGAAAGACUAUGUGAAAGGGUUUGGAGGAAAGUUUGGCGUGCAGACGGACAGACAAGACAAAUGUGCUCUUGGCUGGGAUCACCAGGAGAAAUUGCAGCUGCACGAGUCCCAAAAAGACUAUUCCAAAGGAUUCGGCGGAAAAUACGGAGUGCAGAAGGAUCGGAUGGAUAAGAAUGCUUCCACCUUCGAGGAUGUCACCCAGGGGGCCUCUGCUUAUCAGAAGACCAUCCCCGUCGAGGCAGAUCGGGUGUGUGCGGGGCGCGGGGCGGCCGUGCUGCUGCCGGGCUCUCUGCACCGCUGUGCCCACGCUCUUCUGCCCGUGGUGGCGGAGCAAGCCCAAGCCCAAGCCCAGAAGCAAACCCCCCCCGCGUCUCCCACCCCUCAGCCGGCUGAGGAGAGGCCGCCCUCAAGCCCCGUCUAUGAGGACGCGGUUUCGUUCAAGGCUGAGCCGCAGCCCACGUACAGCGUGGAGGCCGCCGACUACCGAGAGGCUGGUGGCCAGCAGGGCCUGGCCUACGCCCCGGACGCCGUCUACGAGGCCGCGGAGGCCCCGGGCCACUAUCAAGCAGAGGAGAACACCUACGACGAAUACGAAAACGACCUUGGGAUCACGGCUGUCGCCCUCUACGACUACCAGGCUGCGGGUGACGACGAGAUCUCCUUCGACCCCGACGACAUCGUCACCAACAUAGAGAUGAUCGACGACGGCUGGUGGCGGGGGCUCUGUAAGGGCAGGUACGGGCUCUUCCCGGCCAACUACGUGGAGCUGCGGCAGUAGGCCCGCCGGCCCCCGCCACGUGCCACUCCCGCCGUCCGUGGGUGUCCGGGGCCGGGAGGGCCGUGGACGUGCCGCUUUUGUAUUUAAUACUUCUGCUGAUGCUUUUGGAAAUGUUUACGCCACAGAAUUUGCUAAUAUAUU